AUGAACCAUUAUCCAACUUUUCUUCGUUCGUAUAAUGGCAAGUCAACUAAUUCAACCAGUAAUUCUUCGUCAUCUAAUAAUGAAAAUGAUGAAAAUUCAUCAAUUAAAAGCCUCAUAUUUAAACAUUUAUCUAAAGUACAACAAGGUUCACUAAAUAAUAACAAUAACACAAAAGGGACAACGCGUGGUAUUCUGGGCGAAGUUGGCAAUGUUACAUUGUCAAAUAUUCCAAUUACAUCAAUAUUAACAAAAGCAAAAGUAUUUCAACAACAGCAAUCAGUAGCGACUAUUUUUGGAACAACAUCGACAAUGACUGCACCGCCACCAGUGCCGCCACCACCACGAUCAUCAUCAUCAUCAACAACAACAAUCAUACCCAUAGUUGUAGAUAGAAUUGAAAACAUUACUCUCGAUGAUGUUUAUGAAGAUGAUGAAUGUACAUGUCAUGAACCGUUAGCAAAACUCACAAAAGUUCCACCGGAAUUCGAUUGUGAUAGUGGUGAUUCAUACAAUAUCACGACUGUAUCAGAAUAUGUCGUUGAUAUUUGUAAAUAUUGGCGUGAACUUGAAGAAGUUACACCAAUACGGAAAAAUUUUCUAUUAAAUCGUACUGAAGGCACAGCUUCACCUCAGAAUCGAGCUGUACUUAUUGAUUGGCUCUAUCAAGUACAUGACCGUUUCAAACUUCUUUCAGAUACAUUUCAUAUGACAAUUCAACUUAUUGAUCGGUAUUUACAAGUAAUUGAUGUAUCAAAACAUGAAUUGCAACUUAUUGGAUCGACUGCCUUAUUAUUAGCAUGUAAAUACGAAGAAAUGACCAUACCUGGCAUGAACGAUUUUGUCUAUGUAUCUGAUAAUGCAUAUUCAAAAGAAGAUAUGAAAGAAAUGGAACGACGAGUAAUUUCAGCACUAUCAUUUGACCUUGGCCGACCAUUAUCAAUAAAUUUUCUUCGUCGAUAUUCAAAAAUAGUUCAAGCAACUGAUAUCGAGCAUACAUUAGGAAAAUAUCUUCUUGAUUUAACUUUUAUUGAUUAUUCAUUCUCACAUUUAUUACCGUCCUAUGUAUCAGCAUGUGCAUCAUUUCUUUCACGUUAUUUAUUUGCUUAUAAAUCUUUAACAACAACAACAUCCAUAUUAUCAUUAAUUGAAAAUAUAUGGCCAAGCAAAUUUAUGAAGUAUCAUACUGGUUAUACAUAUGAAGAUCUUUGUCAUGGUGUAAAACAAUUAGGUGAAUUACUUAUUGGACAAGAUUCAACAAAAUUAAGAAGUGUACAAAAGAAAUUUUCUCAAAGUAAUAUGUUUUCGGUUGCGCAACAUAGUUGUUGUAAAAGUGCUUACGUUCAAGUAGCACUUUCUCGUCUAUCAAAAUGA